AAGUCAGUCCGGGUAGAUCAUUUGGACUGUACUUAUUGACAGUCAUAUUUGUCAGCAGAUGAUAACAAGUUCAAGAAAAUAAGACUUGUCCACUUCAAUCAGUGUUAUCUUAUCUCAAGCAACAUCGUCGUUAAAACACAUUGCCCUUGCGGAGGUUCUGGUAUUUUGCCCUUAGCUUUCAAAGUCUUGGCCAAAUGUCGGUGGAGGACCAAUUUAAGGCCGCAGUGGCGGUUAUUCAGGGUCUACCCAAAAAUGGGCCCUUUCAACCUUCGAAUGAAAUGAUGCUCAAAUUCUACUCCUACUACAAACAAGCCACCGAAGGUCCUUGCCACAUUUCCAAACCCGGAUUCUGGGAUGUCGUAAAGCGGGCCAAAUUUGAUGGUUGGAAUAAAUUAGGAAAUAUGGCCAAAGAAGAAGCCAUGAAGCUCUAUGUCGAGGAGUUGAAAAAGAUUGUCGAGGUCAUGUCAUUUGAUUGUGAUGUGGCGACUUUUACGGAGGUUCUCGGACCAUUUUACGAAUACAUGAGCCAAGAUGAAGUCGACGAUGAAGAAACCAAUAGAAACAAAGACAAGGCAUUAACCAAGGGCAUCCAAUCCCCCUCGCUAAAAUAUCAAAAUGAACCACUAAAUCAUGGACCAGAUCAGAGCUACGACCAUAUGAUAAAUCAAGCACUGGGAAAAUUUGACGAGGGUCCGGACAAUGGGUCGGAUGAGGAUUCAUUGGCGAUAGGAAUGGGAGAACUAGCGGACGAUCUCGAAUUACUUCAAGAAACCAUUCGAUCACAACGCACAGAUCCUAAAGGCGAAAUUCAUCUAUCGGACGUCUCAAAUUUGCCGACGCAAAUUGCCAUUCAUCGGAACAAUUGUGAUGAUGCAAAUGCCAGCGAUAACACUGACGAAGAAGAUGUCUUCCAUGAGGCAAUCAGCGAUCCAAAGCAUAUGAGUCAAAUGGUUACGAACAAAUCCAUUCCAGAGCCCUACAUCAUGUGUGAAGUGACCAAUUCAUUGAACCACUCAGUAGAAAUGCUACGGAAAGAUUUGGAAAACGUUCAGCUCCGGUUAAUUCAUCUAGACGAAAUGGUUCAGAUUGAGCAGAAAAGUCGCUCCUCGAGUGAGUGUUGUUGGCCUUGCCAAGAUUUGUCAAAACCUACUCUGAUGUUUGUUGUCACAUGGCCAUUUGUGGCUCAUGGUCUGAUAUCUUUAGCCCAUUCAUGGAGAAAAUAAAUGGUUUGAAUGAGAAAAAAAAAACA